AUAUUGUUUUUAUUGUGAACUGGAUUUAAUGGAACUUUGAGGUCCGGCCUCUGCGGGAAUGCUCAAAAAAAAAGGUCAGAGCUUUGAGGGCUUUGAGCAUCAAGGAAGGGAUCUGGGGACGCAAGAUCGAUCUCUUGAGGGUGGAGGAAAACACUGCAUCUUCAACUUUCUAUUUCUGCAGCUCAUGCUUGGUUGUAAGUUGUUGGUGAUGCUUGCAGCUGUUUAAGCGGGUGGCUAUUUGUGAUUCUUUGGCGGUUUUAGUUGGCCAGGCUCAAGUUUUAUUAGUUUAGAUGUCUUUUAGAAGUCUUUUCCGAGAUGUUAGAGAUAGUUUUGGGAGUUUGUCUAGGAGAAGUUUUGAGGUGAAACUGUCAGGACAUCAAAGGGGGAAAUCACAAGGAUCAGUGCAUGAGUUGGGCGAGCCUGCAUUGGUGAUUCAGAACAGUCGCUGGGCAAGCCUGCCUCCUGAGUUGCUUCGUGAUGUUAUAAAGAGGUUGGAGGCAAGUGAGAGCACAUGGCCUUCACGCAAGCAUGUUGUUGCCUGCGCAGCUGUUUGCAGGUCAUGGAGGGAAACCUGCAGAGAGAUUGUUAAAAGUCCUGAAUUCAGUGGGAAGCUGACUUUCCCAGUGUCUCUGAAACAGCCUGGACCCAGAGAAGGAACCAUUCAGUGCUUCAUUAAGAGAGACAAAGCAAAUCACACUUAUCAUCUCUUUCUAUGUCUUAGCCCAGCGGUGCUUGUGGAGAAUGGAAAAUUCCUCCUGUCAGCUAAGAGGAAUCGGCGCACCACUUGUACAGAGUACAUAAUAUCUAUGGAUGCUGAUAAUAUAUCAAGAUCAAGUAACACUUACAUUGGAAAACUGAGGUCAAAUUUCCUUGGUACUAAGUUUAUAAUAUACGACACCCAGCCUCCAUACAAUGGGGCAGCUGUUCCGAACCCAGGGCGUACCAGCCGGCGGUUUUACUCCAAGGUCUCCCCUAAAGUUCCUUCCGGCAGCUACAACAUUGCACAAGUAACAUAUGAGCUGAAUGUUCUGGGAACCAGGGGUCCGCGAAGGAUGCAUUGUGUCAUGUACUCGAUCCCUGCUUCAUCACUUGAUGCUGGGGGGACAGUCCCUGGUCAGCCUGAGAACCUACUUCCCCGCACCCUGGAGGACUCCUUCCGCAGCAUUUCUUUCUCCAAGUCAUCCAUCAUGGACCACCACUCCGUGGACUUCAGCAGUGCCCGGUUUUCUGAUAUCAUGGGAUCCAGAGGGACCGAAGAGGAAGAAGACGUUAAAAUGAGGCCUCUUGUUCUCCGAAACAAGGCACCUAGGUGGCACGAACAGCUACAGUGCUGGUGCCUCAACUUUCGCGGCCGUGUAACUGUCGCAUCUGUUAAGAACUUCCAGCUCAUUGCGGCCGCACAACCACCUGCAGGAGCUCCAACGCCAUCACAACCAGCACCUCCAGAGCAUGACAAGAUCAUCCUGCAAUUCGGUAAGGUUGCCAAGGACAUGUUCACCAUGGAUUAUCGCUACCCUUUGUCCGCCUUCCAGGCUUUUGCCAUAUGUUUGAGCAGCUUCGACACCAAGCUAGCCUGUGAAUAAACCAGUGUGGAGUCAGGAAAAAAAAAAUUAGCAAAAGAAGACAAGAAGAAACAAAAAGGAUUAAACAACAUAUGCUCAUGUUUCAGUGAUUUCUGUUUGGUCUAAUGUAACAAUGUUUCAGCAUUUGAUCUUCUUUCCUCACAUAAUCCGUUUUAACUCUUGUAGCAUUUGUUUCUGUAACAUCAACCAGGAUGAAAUGGCAGGAUGUUUUUCUUAA